GGUCUUCAGUCUUCAAUCUAGUGGCUUUGAUGAUUAUACUUCACUACAGCCAAUGACAGCUGACGUUAGAAAACCCACCAAUGAAAUCCGCCUUCAUUUAUAUGCGGUGGCCAAAUUGGGUAUUUUAAAAUUAAAAAUCAUACUUCAACAUCGUUAUUUCAAAAGAAAACACUUUUUUAAAAUCUCGUUAUAUAGUUGAUAAUACAAAUAUUUAUCAACCACCUUGUUUAUUGAUGAAUGCGUCACGGUACAUAGUAAAUAAGCAGAGUUUGACUAUAUGAGAAAUAUUUGGCAACCCUAGAUGACGGUCGGCUGUGAGUGCUUGACAACAGUCGCUAUGAAAGCUCCGUUUUAAGAGCUGGACGACUGAGACACAGGUUUCAUUUCACUCACAUUUAAGGCAUUUGUGCCGAUGAACUGUGUAGAAAACGCUGCAGGAAUGACAGGAUUUGAGGGUGUUAAAACACCACAAGCGACGAAGAAGACAAACUCCAACUAUGAUGCUUCAGCAAUGUGACAACAUUAUCAUGUGUGUCAAUGGACAGAAGGAAAGUUCUACUGAAGAUCCUCAGUGAUGCAGAAUGUGCUGAUGCUCAGCUGCUUUCACUGAAACACAGUCUGCGUCAUCAGUUUACUGUUUCAUCCAGCGAGCAGCUGUGUUCACAACAGAGAAGCAUGUUGACUGAGAAGCUGGACAUAAUGAAACAUCUGAUCUCAUCCGUCCAUCAGCAGCUGAAAGAACUCCACGAUGAAGAGGCACGUUGGAUAGACACAGAGAAACAGAUCAAAAUUUUGCGAGAAAAGCUCAGACGGACUGAGAGUGAUAAUCAGAGCUUAAGAUCAUAUUUGAUUGAAAAAGAGAAAAAGUGUCAUGAUUUGAUGGCUGGGCAACAGAAGGAAAUGGAGAACACAGAGUCAGGGAUUCAGUUGUCCAAGUCAAUUGAAGCUACGCAGGCGCAUCUACAGACCCAACUUCAAAGCAAAGAGGAACAGAAUGAGCGUCUGAAUGUCCAGCUGCUGACACUGGAGCGGAGCGUCACACAUCAGAGGCUGGAGCUGGAUGAGUUGAGAGCUCAGAUCUCCGGCGUGUCCGAGAGCUCACGUCAGGAGAAUGAGGCGCUGAAGAAAGUCACACGAGCUCACAAACGCAGAGCUGAACGGUUUGAGGAGGCUGUGGAAAGAUGCCACGGACAACUGAGAGAGAAGGAAGUCCUUCUGGCUCAGAGCCGAGCAGAGAGAGACGUGUGGCAGCAACAGCAGCAGCAGAUCUCACAGGAGAGACGACAGCUGGACACGCAGAGAGACGCAAUUAAAAAUGAAAUCACAGCACUUACUGCAGAGCUGGACAGAAAGAGACACACAACAAAGUCAACCAGUGCAAACUUACUGAAGAAGCUGGAGAAAAUCACUUCUGAAAACGUUGAACUCAACCAAGAGAAUGCAUCCAUCAAGGCCUUCAUUGCUGAUACUGCACAGAAGCUACAGAUCAGUCAAGCUACUCUCCAGGAACACAAUGUGCUUGCAGAGGAGAGGAAACAUCAAGCUGAACAGUACCAGCAUCAGCUAGCAGAACUGAAGGCAGAAAUCACAGAGCUAAAAAUCAAGCUGAAGAAUCAUCUUCAAGAAACUUGUGACACUAAAGAGGGGAGAGAUGCUGAGAUCAUUCAGGAGGAUCUGGAGAGACGUGUGCAGGAACUACAGGUAUAUCCAGAGUUGCUGGCAGUCACCGAGAAGAAGCUGCAGCACAGUCAAGAAGACUUGAGACGCUCCGAGCAGAGAUGUGCGGACAAGACCGGGUCCAUUAGACAGCUACAGGACACAGUAAACAUGCAGAUAGAAAAAAUGAAGUCUUCAAUGGAGAUGAAAGAGUCAGUCAGUGAAACAAACUCCCAACUGAAGCAGAAAGUGAAUCAACUUCAGAAGAGAAUAGAGGAGGUGCUCUGUGAGAACCGGGAGCUCAUCCACAGACUGACAGUUCAAGAGGAGGAGCUGAACUACAGCAGCAGACGACUACAACAGCGUUCAGAAGAGGGUCAGACUCUAAACCAGCAGCUGCAGACGGCUCUCACAGACCUUAAACAACAGGUUUGUAAGCUGAAUGAGAAAACCUGUGAUAGAGAGAGUGUCCUGCAGGCCAAGCUCAAGCAACUAGAGACGGAAAAAAUGAGAAGAGAAAAAGAACUUCAGCAGCUCAAACAGAUCAAGCGUUCUAGUGAUAAGCAAUAUGAAGACCGGCUUCGAGACUUGCAGCUGAGCCUGGAGCAAUCUGAGAGGCACAAACGGAGCAUUCAGAACUAUGUGGACUUUCUUAAAAAUUCCUACGCAACCAUUUUUGAGGAAGUCCUCACAUCAACUUACAUGUCGUCCUGCUACUUGAAAUGAAACUCUUGGUGUAUGUAUGUGAUACGUGAAAAUGUAAUUCUCAUGCUACUUGCUUUCUCGCAUUUAUUAAAAAUAAAUGCAACUUUUUCCUACAAUAUACAGUCUGUACUUUAUAUACAGCGUUUCGGCUGUUCAUACAUCACAGUGGUGUUUUGGAUGAGGGGCCUGAAAACACAAUGCAAGUUUGAGACCCAUGAUGGCUUUUUCGUGUCCGAAGUGUAAACUCUGCGUUUUCCGAAAACGUGGUUGUUGUUUCAGUGUGGUGAGCUGUUUCCUUAUAACAGACUUUUGGGGGAGAAAUGAUAACGUGUGAUUUUUCUCACUAUCCGGUUAAUAAGCUGCCAGUGUUUAUUACAAGUAAGGUUUGACAAAAAGUUGGGCUUCGUUGGUCGUUGUUUAGGGCGUUACAUUAAACGCAUUACCUGGUACCUCUUCACCACAGAUUCAGGUUUGCAAGACACUUUUCCGCUGUUUUCAGUCAAUAACCGCUUCAUGAACACCAACUUUUCUACACAUUAAAAGUAUCUUGUGGUUUUAUGGUUUGAUGGAUUUGAACAACCAUAAACAACGCAAAACACAGGAAUUUUGAGUUUGUGAUAGAGAAUCACUUGUUGCACUUUGCGCGUCAUUAAAACCACGUGAUUACAAACAACCUAAUAACAAAUGACUGUUGUGCUAAUCGGCUGCGAGUGAAACUGAGGCUUGUUUUAAUGACAAAUGACGCAGGCGUGUCUUAUGUUCCGGUGAGGAACACGGCAUUAUCAUUUUUAUCCAAUAGGAUAACAUCUCUAUGCAGAAGCAUUCGUCAUCGUCAUUUGCCAAAUUUCGGCUCCCCGUGAGAUUUUGACUCCCCUACUUCUCUAAAGCCCGCUCCCCCACCUAAUCCUCACCCUAACCUUCGUAGGGGGAAAGAGGGGAGUCAAAAUCUUACGGGGAGUCACAUUUUGAUAUGACACCCGAUAAACAAAGCUCUGGUUCACAUGCAGCCGAGAGAUAACGGAAGCUAGACAUAAACUUGGAUAUCUCUCCUAAAGAAACGGAUGGAUUUGCUUCAGAAGACCUUUAUGGAGCUUUAAAAAAUUGCCCCAAGUUUGCUCCCAUUCUACCACUUUGAAGUAAAAGGAUACUAGGUGUUAAAACUCUUGACUGCAUUAUUCUUCAAGAAAAAAGUCAUAUUCAGUCAAGGAUGCCCUUGAGGGGUGUAAAACAUGGUGAAAUUUUGUUUGUAGCGCAACACACGACGUAGUGGCUUACACUCAAUAUUUUACUUUUUUUAACAAUAGAAAUGUUGAGCGAUAGAAUCCAAUGAUGCAAACUACAAAGCGCUGUUUUAAACGGAAAUGAUGUAAUUUACAUGAUUUGUGUGAUGUUAGUCGCAAUUAUUAGUGAGGAGACAAGAGAUAGUAACGGAAGCGUUUUCAACGUUUUAAUAGGGAUAAGAUUUGGAAUAAAUGAGUACAUGUUAAACUGUGUGGCUUUAAAAGUCUGUUUAUAGGUUGUGGUAAGACUAUAAAAAAUGAAAAACUUGUUUGCAAAUGCAUUAUUUAACAAUAAAUUCUAACAGACAAACA